UCUUGAUGAUGCUCCAGCAAGAAGAGAAGUGAGCAUCAAGUGGAUCUGGAGUUGACAACAGCUGAGUCGCCGCAGGCAGAAAGACGCAGGAGCAGAGCAGAGAGAUCCGCUUCUGACGAGACUUAAAAACACAACGAACAGGAUGAUUUCCUGCCGUGAUUAUGGAUUUAAUUCGUUGUCGUACUUUUGAGUUACUUGUCUUCACUGUUCUCGUCUCAUCACUGUUUGUGGUCGAGGGUGCGCCCCCUGACGAGCUGCCUCCAGCUGUGGACCGCUGCUCCCCGAACCCCUGCCAGAACCAGGCGCUGUGUCGGGUCCGUGCCGACGGCUUUUCCUGCUUCUGCGUGCCGGGUUUCCAGGGGGCUCGCUGUCAGAUCGACGUGAAUGAGUGCGUUUCACAGCCAUGCAUGAACGGAGGCACCUGCGUGGACAGAGUGGGGAGAUUCUCCUGUCUGUGCUCUCCUGGAUUCACCGGGGCCACAUGCGAGGUCCAGAUUGAUGAGUGUCAAUCACGGCCGUGCCUCAAUGGCGGCGGUUGCCACGACUACGCCGCCGGCUUCUCUUGCACCUGCCUGCCCGGUUUCCAAGGACACCGUUGUGAAACCGACACGGACGAGUGCCAGGGGCAGCCAUGCCAAAACGGCGCGCUGUGCAUAGACGGGGUGAAUGAAUACAGCUGUGACUGCUCUCACACAGCCUUCACUGGUCCACACUGUGAGACGCCGCUGACACAGUGCUACUUUGAGCCCUGCUUUAACGGUGCCACCUGUAAGGAAGACCGGGGUAACUACACCUGUGAGUGCCCCCCUGGGUUUGAGGGUCGUCACUGUGAGACUGACAUCAGUGAGUGUAGCAGCCGCCCUUGCUUGCACGGGGGCCGCUGCAUCGAGAGGUCGUGGGGGGCCUCACAUGGUGUCGAACCUCUGCUGCCUGAACAUUACGACCAGCAACGUGUUGCAGGUUUCAUCUGCAUCUGUCCUACAGGAACAACAGGCUCCCUCUGCCAGGAGGUCACAAACCAUUGUGAGUCCAGCCCGUGCCAGAAUGGAGGCAGAUGCGAGAGCCACGUCGGAGGCUACGUGUGCCGCUGCGUGCAAACGAGUCACCGCGGCGGCGUCCCUUACGGCGGCCCGAACUGCGACGUGAGGCUGGUGGGCUGCGAGGGCCAUGAAUGCCAGAACCAAGCCUCCUGCUCCCCCUUCCUGCAGGACGGGACUCAAGGUUACACCUGCUCCUGCUCUCCAGGCUACACGGGGCACCUCUGCAAGACCCCCACCACUUUUUCCUUUGAACGCAGAGGCUACCUGCUGCACCGGAGUCCCCUGGUGGACGCUGAGGUGACGUGUAACAUCACGCUGAGCUUCAAAACCGUGCAGCCCCGGGCGCUGUUGUUCCAGCGGAACACCACGGGGCUGCUGCUCAGCCUGGAGCUGGAAGGAGGGCAGCUGCGGCUCACGCUGAGGAGCGACGCCUUAACAGGGGAAGCCGAAGCUGAAAACCCGCAUCUGGCUCUGGAGCUGCCACACCACGUCACAGACGGAGAGUGGUAUUCUGUAGAGGCUUUGCUCGGAAACCGGGCGCUCAGCCUUAAACUACUGGACUGCGCACAACAGCCCUGCCACAAUGCGGCCCCGGUCCUAAACUCCACGGCCGAGUUCGCGUCGCUGCCUCAGAACACUUUCAUCGGAGGCAAACCUCAGCGCUCUACGUUUCCCGCGUUCAUCGGCUGCAUGCGGGACGUGUUUGUGGACUGGCAGCUCGUCGUCCCGGAGGAGUGGCUGAGUGAUUCGGUUGUUAACGUGUCCCCCGGCUGCAGCCACAGGGACCGCUGCCUGGAUGUGCCUUGCCAAAACAGAGGACAGUGUGUAAACCUGUGGCAGAGCUACCAGUGCCGGUGUCCGAGGCCUUAUGAGGGGCAGGACUGUGAGGGGGAGCACGUGGCGGCUCGCUUUGGGAGCGAUGACUCCAGCAGUUACGCAGCGUUCAGCGUCACCGACGGCCCGGCUCACAACCUCUCCAUCUCCCUCUUCCUGCGUACGCGGAGGCACCGCGGACUCCUCCUGGCGCUGGGCAACAGCAGCAACAGCCAGUACCUGCACAUGUGGCUGGAGGACGGCAGGGUGGCCGUUCAGCUCAAUAACUCUGAGGGCCUGAAGGCGGAGAGCGCCGUAGACGACGGAGAAGUCCACUUUGUGAGCGUGGAGGUGGCGAACGGUCGCAUGACGCUGAACGUGGAGGAUCAGGAGCAGGCUGAGGUGGAGGUCGGGACGGUCAGUGUCCAAGCAGGCGACACGGUGUACGUGGGAGGUCUUCUGGAGAGCGGAUUGACUUUAGAUUUUGGUGGAUACUUCAAAGGCUGCAUCCAGGACCUGAGGAUUGGUGACAGGAGGCUGCAGUUCUUUGGGCUGGACUCGUCCGUGAGCUCAUAUCCUCUGGAGCUCAUAGAAAAUGUGACAGCUGGCUGCUCUGGAGACAACGUCUGCAGAAGUAAUCCAUGUCUAAACGGGGGCAUGUGCUUCUCCAAGUGGGACGACUUCACCUGCACCUGCCCCCCCAGCACAUCGGGGCGGCGCUGUGAGGAUGUGAAGUGGUGCGAGCUGGCACCUUGCCCCGCGGAUGCCGAGUGCAGGAUGUUGAACCAGGGAUAUGAAUGUUUCUCCAAUGCAACUUUCCUGAAUGAAAGCACCGUGUUGUCCUACCGCGGGAACGGCCACAUAUCCCGCAACCUGACCAACAUCUCCCUAAACCUGCGCACGCGGAAGCGUAACGCGGCAAUCCUACACGCAGAGAAGGGCUCGGCCUUCAUCACCGUCUCCAUCCAGGAAGGCUUCCUCUUCGUGGAGCUUCAGAGCGACGAUGUGGUGGAGGAGGAGCAGGGAGGAGGAGGAGGAGGAGGAGGACCGUUUACAGUCAGCCUCAGCAGCAGGAGGAGCGUCAGCGAUGGUGAGUGGCACAGUGUCCACUUGUUCAUGGCAGCGCCGUGGACGCACACCUCUCUGUGGACCUUGGUCCUGGAUGAAGACAUAGAGGAAGCAGUCACCUCCAAAAGACAAGGAGGCAGCUUGGACUUCCUCAAACAGGAUGUGGACAUCUUCUUGGGGGGCUUGUCCCCCGACAUUGGCUGGUCCCUGGCUGGUUGCCUGGGCACUGUGGAGCUGGGCGCCAUUGCUCUGCCUUACUUCCGCUCCGCAGAUGUGAACCUCCCGCGCCUUCAGGAGGAGCAGUUCGUCCAGACGUCACCCCACCCAGCGCUCCCCGGCUGCAGCGGGGCGUCCGUGUGCGAUCCCAACCCCUGUCUGAACGGCGGGGAGUGCCAGGACCUCUUCAACACUUACAACUGCAGCUGCGCAGAGGGCUGGGCCGGGAGACGCUGCGACUUCCUCCUCAACACCUGCGCUUCCGGCCCCUGCGUUCACGGCAACUGCAGCGUCCACGGGCUCACCUACGAGUGCAGCUGUGAGUUUGGCUACGCGGGCGUGAACUGCGAGGAGGAGGUGGAUAUGUGCGAUAACCACCUGUGUGCACACGGGGGCACCUGUCUGCACGGGCCGGACAGGUACGCCUGCCUCUGCCCUGAGAACUACACCGGACCCAUGUGCAAUGAGCGCGUUGAAGAAAUUCCGUGGUACAUUGUUCUCAGAAAUGUACGGCCCAAGCUGCCUGUUUCCGUGUGCGGCGAUGACACCAGAAACUACACCUGCUUCAAUGGAGGCAACUGCACUGACCGGGACCUGUCCUGUGACUGUCCAGCAGGCUUCAUUGGACACAGGUGCGAGCAGGAGGUGGACGAGUGCAAGUCCAACCCCUGCCUGAACGGAGGCUACUGCCGCAACCUCAUCAACAAGUUUGUCUGCGUGUGCGACAUGAGCUUCGCGGGAGACACGUGCCAGACGGACACGGAGCGUGCUCCACGCAGCUCGCGGGUGGCCGCCGUGCUGGCACCGUGUCUGGUCUUCUUGGCGGUAGCGGCGACGCUGGGCCUGGCGCUCGCCGCAGCCAAACUGCGAGAGAGGCGGCAGACGGAGGGAGGUUUCGGUCCGCGGCAACUCGAGGCUCCCGGUGGUCGCACCCCACCUGCUGAGCCGGGAAGCACAUCCAUCAGCACUUUGGCAGCGCGCGUGGAGCGCCUGGUGUAGUGUAAAGGAGGCAGGAGAGUGUGAGGAGAAGAAAGGGGAAAAAAAAAAAAGUGUGCGACACAGUUAGGAAUAAAAAACCACGGGUCCACGAGUAUGAGCAUCUUUAACCCUCAUACCUGACUUUAAAAGUGCCCUCUUCAAAAACGUUCUAAGUUACGUGAAUCUUCUGAACCACUUUCUGUCUUUUGACCCUUUAUAUGCCAGUGGUUUUGAUGGCAUCACAAAUUUAAAAUAAAUAAAUAAAUAUAUUUUUCAGUAAUAUAAAUGCAAAGUGUAUUUCUUUUGGUGGAUUUUUAUUUUUUAUUUAUUUUUCAAAAAAAAUUUUGUAGUGCCCGAUUUACAAAAAUUGUUGCGUUGUUACCAUUAAGGGACAAAAGUGUCCUCUUCACAAACGCCCUAAAAUAGCAUAUGUCAAUAUUUUUUUCUACUUUUCUUUACAUAAAUCUUUUAAUCCACUUUAGUUCUAAUCACGAACACCAAAAGUUUGAUUAUUUUCUCACUUUUAAGCCUUUAUAUGCCAGUGGUUUUGAUCGCAUCACAAAUGGAUUAUUAUUAUUUUUUUUUUCUUAUUAGAGUCUUGGACAUGUCAAUUAUUAGUAACAACACUGAUUUUAAUGGAUUAUUAUUAUUGUUAUUAUUUUUUAAUUUGGGUUACACAGCGUAAAAAUUGAGCAUUAUGGGAUUUCAGUUUGAAAUAUUCAUAUUUGCUUAAAAAAAAAAAAUAAAAAAAAAAUUGCCAGAUAGCAGACAGCACAGAAUGGAAAAAUUGAAAAGGUCACUUUUGUCCUUAUCAGGGCAUGAGGGUUAAACCAAAACAUGAGUGUCAAACUUCCAGUUGUGCUCCUGAGUCUCUUUAUCUGUUUCUCGCCUCCCUCCAGCUGACCUCCUCUGAGGGCUUGACCUCUGACCUCUUACUCUCCAUCAGUCUGGCCUCUGUCGUCCUGCUGCUGGUCCUCGUCCUGACCUCCGUCGGACUCGUGGUGGCGCUGAACCGCCGCGCCACGCACGGCACCUACAGCCCCAGCCGGCAG